UAUAAACUGUGGCGGGAGAUUCGUUUUUGGGGCCUUGUCCCGUGAAGCACCCUCGGCAGGGGAGACGGUUGGUUGCUCUCAUCUCGUUUUCGAAUAUGGUGCGGACUAAAGCAGACAGUGUCCCUGGCACCUACAGAAAAGUGGUGGCUUCUCGAGCCCCCAGGAAGGUGUUGGGUUCCUCCACCUCUGCUAAUUCCACGUCGCUUUCGUCAAGGAAAGCCGAAAACAAGUAUGCAGGAGGGAAUCCAGUUUGUGUGCGCCCAACUCCCAAGUGGCAAAAAGGAAUUGGAGAAUUCUUCAGGCUGUCUGCUAAAGAUUCAGAAAAAGAGAAUAGGAUUCCUGAAGAAGCAGGAAGCAGUGGAUUGGGAAAAGCAAAGAGAAAAGCAUGUCCUUUGCCACCUGAAGACACAGAUGACGAAAAAGAAUAGAACUUUCUUAGUCAUCCUUAACUGAUAUCUCCUAUUUACUCUGGCAUAGUUGGAUGUACAUUUGCAUAAAUGUGUUUGUUCCAAUUAGCUUUGUUGAAUAGGCAUUUAAUUUAAAAAAUGAGGCUUAUAUUUAGUUAUUCAAAAGCAAGUAGUUAUGAUAUUGGAAGGUUUGUAAGAUUAAUUAUGGGUACUUAGCUUAGUAUUCAACAUAAUGCAGUAUUUGGCUUACCUAUUACUAAGUUUUUUCUUGCUAAAAACCAUUGCAUGGUGUUUAACUAUGAAUCUGCUGUAUUUGAGAUUUUGCUUAGAUCUUUGUACUAUUGCCAUUUUCAUUGGCAUUUGAUUAUUGGAAUGAUGCCAUAUUUUUAUUCCUUUUAGUUGCUUUAAAAAGCAGAGUUUUACUAUAUAUAAAAUAGAUAACUAAUAAGGACCUAAUGUAUAGCACAGGGAAAUCUACUCAACAUACUGUAAUAACCUAUAUGGAAAAAAAGAAUGGAUAUAUGUAUAUGUAAAACUGAUUCACUUUGCUUUACACCUGAAACUAAUACACUGUAAGUCAAAAAUAAAUCCAACUCAAGAACAAAAACCAAAAGCAAAUAAAUAGAGUUAGAUUUUUGUACAUUUUAAAAAGUUGGUAUCAAUUAAACUGAACCCACACCCUUUCUAAGAGGCCAUUGAUGCAAUGUUGAAAACAUUUGGAUGGCUAUCUGCAUUCUCCUUAGAAAAAUUUAAGGACAAUUUGGUCCUAAGGGUUUAAACGAUUGAUAAGGCUUCUAACAACAACCACAAAAACAAGAUAAAAUACUAGAGUAGAAUCAGGCAGGAAAAUUCCAUAGACUAUAUUAAAAGAGAGGAAUUUUCCUAGAAUAUGCAUUUGUUUUAGUAUCAUAAAAUAUUACCCUUUGGGUCUUAUACUUUUAAAGUUGAAAAGCAAUAAAACAUGAAUGGCAAAUCAUGCCACAAACCUAGAGCUAUGUCUAAAGUCCUUAGAGUUACUGUGAUAUUUUCCAAGAUGAACAGGGGUAUCAUUGAAGAGGUGGGUACUACUUAGUAGCUGAUAUUCUUGCUUCUUUAUCAGGCUUUUUGCUCACUGGCAUCCUGUUGUCAAAAGUAACCAUGUUUUAGACACGCUUUUCUGAAGUUUGUUUUUAAUAAAUGAAUACUCAUUUUCACAAGACUA